GAGGGAGCGGGCGCUGCGGUCAGCUGAGCGGCGCCUGGCAGGUCGCGAGGCCGCGCGUCACCGUCCAGCUGCCCGGUCGCCGCCCCCCGGCUGGUCCCUGGCGGGCGUCGGCAUCCAGAGCUUUGGAACAAAAUGCCAACGAAGCAGUGACCUGAGAGGAGAGGAUCCCAGUGGCCGGACCUGUUACCAUGUCCCAUCAACCUCUGAGCUGCCUGACUGAGAAGGGGGACAGCCCUUGUGAGACCCCAGGAAAUGGACCCUCCAAUGUGGUUCACCCCAGCCUGGACACAUUCACCCCUGAGGAGCUGCUGCAGCAAAUGAAGGAACUCCUGGUCGAGAACCACCAGCUGAAAGAAGCCAUGAAGCUAAAUAAUCAAGCUAUGAAAGGGCGAUUUGAGGAGCUUUCCGCUUGGACAGAGAGGCAGAAGGAAGAACGCCUGUUGUCUGAGAUGCAAAACAAAGAGGCAAAGGAACACCUCAAGGCCCUGAGUCAUGAAAAUGAGAGGCUGAAGGAAGAGCUUGGAAGACUAAAAGAGAAGUCAGAAAGGUCGUUUGCAGACCUCACAGGUGGCUACAGGUAUCCCAGAGUCGACUUGGAGCAGGAAGUGGAGAAUCUGACGACCCAGAUGGAGCAGGAAGUAGAACAUCUGAAGAUCCAGGUGAUGCGCCUUCAGGCUGAAAAGGCAGACUUACUGGGCAUCGUCUCAGAACUGCAGCUCAAACUCAACUCCGGAGCCUCCUCCGAAGACUCCUUCGUUGAGAUCAGGAUGACUGAAGGAGAGACUGAAGGGGCAAUGAAGGAGUUGAAGAACAGCCCUACACCCACAAGAACAGACUCCAUCAGCAUGAGCAAAUGUACAGAGGAUGCCAGGACUUGUGUGGAGUUUGAAGAACUGACUGUGAGCCAGCUCCUGCAUUGCCUAAGAGAAGGAAACCAAAAAGUGGAAAGGCUUGAAAUCGCACUCAGAGAAGCCAGAGAACGAAUUUCAGAUUUUGAAAAGAAAGCAAAUGGCCAUUCUGCGAUUGAGACCCAGACAGAGGGGAGAACAGACAAAGAAGAGGAGCACAAAGGCCCAGAGAGUGUGGGAAGCGAAGUAGAAACCCUGAGCAUUCAAGUGACCUCUCUGUUUAAGGAGCUUCAAGAGGCGCACACAAAACUCAGUGAGGCUGAGCUGAUAAAGAAGAGACUUCAAGAAAAGUGUCAGGCUCUGGAGAGGAAGAACUCUGCAACCCCAUCAGAGCUGACUGAAAAGCAAGAGCUCCUUUAUAGUAACAGGAAGUUAGAGCUGCAGGUGGAGAGCAUGCGCUCUGAAAUCAAGAUGGAGCAGGCCAAGACAGAGGAGGAGAAAUCCAGGUUGGCCACUCUGCAGGCAACUCACAACAAACUCCUUCAAGAACAUAAUAAAGCGCUGAAAACAAUUGAAGAACUAACCAAGCAACAGACAGAAAAGGUAGACAAGAUAUUGCUGCAAGAGCUCAGCGAGAAGCUGGUGCUGGCAGAGCAGGCUCUGGCAUCCAAACAACUCCAGAUGGAUGAGAUGAAGCAGACCAUUGCUAAGCAGGAGGAGGACCUGGACACCAUGGCUGUCCUCAGGGCUCAGAUGGAGGUGUACUGCUCAGAUUUUCAUGCUGAGAGAGCAGCCAGGGAGAAGAUUCAUGAAGAAAAGGAGCAGCUGGCCUUGCAGCUUGCAGUUUUGCUGAAAGAGAACAAUGACUUUGAAGAUGGAGGCAGUAGGCAGUCCCUGAUGGAAAUGCAGUGCCGGCAUGGGGCUAGAACCAGUGACUCUGACCAGCAGGCUUACCUGUUUCAAAGAGGAGCUGAGGACAUGAGCUGGCAACACGGGCAGCAGCCUCGCAGUAUUCCGGUUCACUCAUGCCCCAAGUGUGGGGAGGUCCUGCCAGACAUUGACACUCUUCAGAUCCAUGUGAUGGACUGCAUCAUUUGAGUGUUCUCUCCACUCCCCAAAGCUUUUGGUAAAUGCCAGAUUUCUCCUCCAACACUUGUACUUCUGUCUUCUUUAUUGUCACACAAAUAUUUUUGCCACACUAUCCUUAUUUCUGGAGAAAGAAAUGUACCCCUCCUAAGGAGAGCAUCUUCUGGGCCAACAGGAAGUCACAAAGAAGAAUCUAAUUAGCACCCUUCCAAUAAGAGAGCUCCUGAGAGUGGCUGAGAGCGGUCAGCCAGAUGUGGGACACCAUGUGACCAAGCUCAUGAAAUGAUGUGGGAGAAACUCACUGACGGGUGAGAACCUUGUAAGAGGCAGGAAAUGGAGUGGUCGAGAAACGCGGCUGCAGUGUUUUUCUAGAUAAAUCUUUGCCCAGCAGGCAUCUUGUUCUGUGUAUACUUAUGUGGAAGUUACAUAUGGCUCUUUCUGGCUGAACACUGGUAUCUGCUGAUACCAGGACAGCUGAGAGAUAGGGAUGUAGCUCAGGACUGGAGUACUCCCUCAGCUGUUUAGUCUCUGUACUGGAGGUGUAUAGGCUAGUACAGUACAUGGUUUUACGGCUAUUUUCUUUACAGAUGAAGUAGCAGCUUACAGACAUCAGUUAUAACAAAGCAAACUUUUGUGAUAAUGUCUGUUCUGCUGCUCAUAUAUGACCAGCCACACUGUAGUAUAUAUAUUCUGUAUUAAGCUCACUAGACUUAAUAUAAGCUUAAUACUGAGAUGUUUUGAUCAAUGUAAAUAGGAGCAGGUCCUUUUAAUAGAGGGCCAGUGCAUGUUUGAAUGAGAUUCCUGAUAUAAAGGUAAACAGAGCCAUGUGAGGUGAUGCAUAGCAUGCCUAGCAUCUCCUAGUUCUAGCACAUGGGAGACCGAGGCAGGAGAUCACCAGCUCGUGGCCAGAUAGGUUUACACAAAAUAAUGGGGAUUUGCCAUAUUUUGUGUUAAAACAGUUACCGAGAACUAAACAAGUCCAAAAGUAAGCAGCGUCAAGUCCUAAAACAUUUAAGAAAAUUGUUUUGUGUUUACUAUAGGGCCUCUGGUUAAAUAUACACAGAGGUGUAUUUAAAUAAAAUCAAAAUAGUUCAUUCAUCUCAAUGGAACAUGGUAUUCAGAUGACAGUUCAUCCUCACACCUGGACAGUUACCCCUUCCAAGACAGUAGUUAGAUUAGAUCCCCUCAGGCCCUACGGACAAUGUUUGCUAAUGACAUUUCCAAAAUUACAAUGACAUUUUUUCUUUUCUUAUUGUUUCUAGUAUAAAUUUCUUUACUAUUUUAUACUGGAUAAAGUAGGUUUUUAUAGUAUCCCAGAUACAGGAGGAAACCAAACCGUUUCACAAUGAAGUUACUGGGAAAAUCCUUUUACUUUGUACAGGUAUAAUUACCUGAUAAAUGCAAACUGUGAAGUGAAAACUCAAGUGGUCUUAAUAAGACUAUGAGCAAAACAUGUGUUUGAUCAUGAAGAGGAUUACAAAUGAAGGCAUGUUCAGAUUAAGACUUGUAGAGAGAUCCAUGUACAGCAGCAUCUUUCCACAGCAGCUAGGGUACAGUGCAACCUAGGUAUCCAUUCCCUGGGAUGUGAUAAGGAGACUGAUAUAUACUGAUAUAGUGAAGUAGUGUCCAGCCUUGGAAAAGGAGAUUAUAUCCCUUGGUAACAUAGAAGGACAUGGAGGACAUCAUGUCCAGGGAAAUAAGCCUGUCAUAGAUAUCACAUGAUCUCACUCACAUGUGGACCCUGAAGAAAUGUAGCUGAAUGGUGGUUAGCAGGACAGGAGGAAAGGGGAGAUGCUGGUACAAAGGUACAAAGACUCAGAAGGGAUAAUCUGUAGUGAUCUACUGUACAGAAUAGUGACUAAUAAUUUGUAUACUAAGACUAUAGCAACAGUUUAGUAAAUAACUUGUAAACUC